AUGUUAGGACAAGAGAAGGAUGAAGUUAAUUCUUCUGACGUCAGAGAGGAUAGGGUUGUAACAAACUCUACUGGUAAUCCGAUCAAUGAACCAUUUGUUACUCAGCGUGUUGGAGAGCACGGUCCCUUGCUUUUACAGGAUUAUAAUUUGAUUGAUUCUUUGGCGCACUUUAACAGAGAGAAUAUUCCUCAAAGAAACCCUCAUGCUCAUGGUUCUGGUGCAUUUGGUUAUUUUGAAGUUACCGAUGACAUUACUGAUAUCUGCGGAUCUGCCAUGUUUAGCAAGAUUGGUAAGAAAACGAAAUGUCUGACAAGAUUCUCUACCGUGGGUGGAGAUAAAGGUAGUGCCGAUACGGUGCGUGAUCCUAGAGGAUUUGCAACUAAAUUUUAUACCGAAGAGGGUAAUUUGGAUUGGGUCUACAACAAUACACCGGUAUUCUUCAUCAGAGAUCCCUCCAAGUUCCCCCAUUUUAUUCACACACAGAAGAGAAACCCGCAAACUAACCUAAGAGAUGCUAACAUGUUUUGGGAUUUUUUGACCACCCCAGAAAAUCAGGUGGCCAUCCACCAAGUCAUGAUUCUCUUCUCAGACCGCGGCACACCUGCUAAUUAUCGUAGCAUGCAUGGUUAUUCUGGUCAUACUUACAAAUGGUCUAGUAAAAAGGGCGAUUGGUACUAUGUGCAAGUUCAUAUCAAAACCGACCAAGGAAUAAAGAACUUGACUAUAGAGGAAGCCACUAAAAUCGCUGGCUCCAAUCCAGACUACUGUCAACAAGACUUAUUUGAAUCUAUCCAGAAUGGUAACUAUCCAUCGUGGACAGUAUACAUUCAAACAAUGACUGAGCAGGAAGCCAAAAAUUUACCAUUUUCAGUUUUUGAUUUGACUAAAGUAUGGCCUCAAAAGCAAUUUCCAUUGCGUCGUGUGGGUAAGAUUGUUUUGAAUGAAAAUCCACUGAAUUUCUUCGCGCAGGUUGAACAGGCAGCCUUUGCCCCUAGCACCACCGUUCCAUAUCAAGAAGCAAGUGCUGAUCCCGUAUUGCAAGCUCGUUUGUUUUCAUAUGCGGACGCUCAUAGGUACAGAUUAGGCCCCAAUUUCCAUCAGAUACCUGUCAAUUGUCCCUACGCUUCGAAAUUCUUCAAUCCUGCCAUUAGAGAUGGCCCUAUGAAUGUAAACGGUAACUUUGGCUCAGAGCCUACGUAUCUUGCCAACGAUAAAUCAUACUCAUAUAUCCAGCAAGACAGGCCUAUUCAACAACAUCAGGAAGUUUGGAACGGGCCAGCUAUUCCUUACCAUUGGGCAACAUCCGCAGGUGAUGUCGAUUUUGUUCAAGCCAGAAAUCUCUACCGUGUCUUAGGGAAGCAACCGGGACAGCAGAAGAACCUAGCGAACAACAUCGGUAUUCAUGUAGAAGGCGCCUGUCCUGAAAUACAGCAGCGAGUUUACGAUAUGUUUGCCCGUGUUGAUGAGGGAUUAUCUGAAGCAAUCAAGAAAGUGGCAGAGGCAAAGCAUGCGUCCGAGCUCUCAAGUAACUCCAAAUUCUGA